AUGGAGAAAGAUCAGGCGUCCGUUUAUAAAUCUGAUGAAGAGCGGGAGCUAGAUAACUUUUGCCAAUUAGAAGAACAACUAAUGGCAGAAGAAAAAGAAUCAGGGGUUUCAAAUUCAGACUCGAAAUUAGCAAUUGAAUUUCCAGAUACAUUUAUUCAUACAGAUGGCACAGUACACGACGGAAAAGUAUCACAAGAUACACUUAAUAGAUCCGAAUUGAAAGAUAUACUUCCAGAAUUACGUCAAAAAUUAACAUUAGUUAGAAAACGAGAAGCAGCAUUACUUCGUUCCGAAAACUGGGUUCAAGCCGAAAAGGAUCAACUUGCAAAAGAUAAGCAAAAGUUAGAAGAAGAGAAAAAAGCAAAUGAAGAACUCAUUUCAAAAUUAAAAACGGAAAAUGAACAACUCAAGAAACAAUUAGAAGACGAACGCCUCGGGUGGAAGGAAGAAAAGAAGACUUUGAUUGACCAACUUGAUAAUUACGAAAAGAAAGGCAAACACAAAGUUACUUUUGUUACACCUGAUCAAGAUGAGCAUCCAGAAGAAGAAGAAAAAGCUCAAGAAGAAACAAAAGAAGAAGAGAAAGCUGAAGAACCAGAAAAAUCAGAGGAAGAAGAACAUAACGAAAUUGUUGAAGAAGAGAAACCAAAGAAAGAAGAGGAGGAAGUUCCAGAAAAGCCGGUAUCAGAGCCAGAACAAGUUGUUCCACCAGCUCCUGAACCAAAACAAGCUCCAAAAGCAAAACGACCAAAAAUUUAUAAGAUUACUGUUGGUGAAAACUAUAUACUUGAUUUCGAUUACAAUCCUGGAUCAGUAUUUAAAGAAGAACUAAAGAAAGGAGGUCGAAAGGAUGUUAAAUACAAAGAUGGAUCAACAGGAACAGUUUUCAAAGAUGGAACAAGAAAGGCUAUCAGAGAAAUUAACCGCCAAAAGAAAACAUACAUAUUCUAUGCAAAUCAAGAUAUAUCUAUUGAAUUUCCUGACAAAGCGAUCGCAUAUAAAUAUAAACAGACAGGAGCUAUUGAGCUAACUGUUCCAGAUGGAUGCAUAUACUAUUUGUUCAAGAAUGGGCAAAAGGAAAGACACUAUCCAAAUGGAAAUAAAGAAGUUCAAUUUCCAAAUGGAAUAUUUAAGAUCUUAAGGAAUGAUGGUGAUACAGAAACCCACUAUCCCGAUGGAAAAUGCGAAAAAGUUACCAAAGGAAAGUUUGAAAUCACGUAUGAAUAUAUCUAA